AUGGCGGAUAAUGACAAUCUGGGACCGGGGCUCCGCGCCGCUGCCUCCACAUUCUUUGCGCUCGCGGCUGUGACUUUAUUUCUACGAUGUUACGUGCGGUUAAGGAUGUCAAAAGCGUUUGGGUGGGAUGAUUGGUUCAUGGUCCUCUCAACGAUAUUUUAUGCUCUCAACACAUCAACUUGCUUGGCAGGUGUAGCACAUGGAACAGGACAACAUUACUGGAAACUGCAACCAGCAGACCUAUCUGCUGCUACAAUGUUUUGGUGGUACUGCUACCUAUCCUAUGCAUGGAGCAUGAUAUUUUCGAAAGCCUCGAUCGCCGUCUUCCUCAUGCGAAUCACCCCAAAUCGACGCCACCGAAUGGUUAUCUACUGUGCCCUCGGCGUAUCGAUAUUCUGUGGCCUGGUAUUUUUCUUUGUUGCCUUAUUCCAGUGUACUCCAGUCUCCUACUUUUGGACACGAGCUGGAGCUGGCUCGUGUCUAUCGAUCGACGUCAUUAUCAACGUUGUAUACGCGUACAGCGCCCUUUCAAUCAUUACCGACUUUACCUUUACCCUCCUGCCCGUCUAUCUGGUGUGGAACCUGCAAAUGGACAAGAGAACAAAGUUUGCCUUGAUACCCAUUCUCAGCAUGGGUUGUGUUGCGAGCUGCGCAGUGGCUGUACGAAUGGCAUAUCUGGAGAAUUUUAGAAGCAACGACUUUUUAUACUCAACAACCGACAUUGCCAUCUGGUCUCAGAUUGAGAUGGGACUGGCCAUCUCCGCAGGUAGUUUGGCGACACUUCAGCCGCUAAUGAAAAUGACACUUCGCAAACUCGGAUUCACGGGCUCAGGGGACAGUGAACAAACACCAUCAUCAGCUGGACUCCGAACCUUUGGCCAAGGAAGUAACAAGAGCUCCUUUAGUCGCAAGACGCCAAAGAGUCUCUUUAGCAUGACGACUUUUACGAGAAUGGACGAGGAAACCGAGGAGGAGCAAACUAUCGUCGUUGCGGACAAGGACGACGUUGAGCUCGGAGCGCGGCCCGGAACCAGAGUGAGUCUGCGCAACGACCCACACGACUAUCGGGUCAAGGUCAAGACCACCAACAGCGACGGAAGCAAGUGGGCGCGGACUCUCGGUGAGACUGAAGAAGAUGUACAAGGAAUCACCAAGAAGACGAGCUUUCAAGUAGUAUAA